ACAAAUCAUAGUCUUUGCCCAAAUCCCAAGCAACAUGGAUUUCGAUGCAAUUUGCGAAAAGUCCAAGGCCUUCAGCAGCAAGCCGCCAAACGAUGUCUAUCUGGAAUUCUAUGGCCUCUACAAGCAGGUGCAUGUGGGCGAUGUGAAUAUCGAGAGGCCCGCCGAUGCGGAGGGCGCCGCCAAAUACGAUGCCUGGCUGAGCCGCAAGGGCAUGUCCACGGAUGCGGCCAAGGCAGCCUAUAUUGCUCUCUAUGAGAAAUACGCGCCCAUCUACACUUAAGUUGAGUUGCUAAUACCCUGUUAUAAAAAUAAAAGUGGCACAGCCAUUGCUUAGUCAGCACCCAAAACUGAUUAACUAAAUGCGA